UGUUGACUGCUGCAAAUAUGGCUGCGCCCGUGUAUAACAAUCGACGUUUGUGUAUUUUUAGUAAUUUGUGAAUAUGAGACGAUGCUUUUAAUUCUUAAUCAUGCAUAUUAAAUAACCAUGCAUUGGAUAAAUAAGGUGCAGUAAACAGAAAGUAUUAUCCAGCAUGUGAAUGACCUUCAGACAUGGAGGCUAACAGAAUGAAACGGUUUAAAACAGAUUUUAUUGAGGGAACUUUAUCAGAGUUAAUGGACAACAUCCAGCCAGUGCUUGAAGAAAAGUACUUAUCACCUGUCAGAACAGUGAACUUUUUUGUGGGUCUGGUAAAGGAAAAGAAGAAAAUUUCAGAAGUAUUGAGGUUUCUUUCUGAAACAUAUCCACUGGAGAAAUUUCCACAUAUAAAGAGAAUCAAGUCAUCUAAAGAGAGUUCCAGUGUUCACGUCCUUCUGUGUGAGACCUCAGUGAUUGACAGAGCCCACCUGGAGGAGACCCUGGCCCCAGUCUCCGCCCACCUGGGGCCUGUGGGUGCAUUGAAGGUUCCUGUCACUGCCCCUCUCACACGCUCGCAGUUCCAGGACUGUGUGGCUCUAUGGCCAGUCAAUUUCCAUGAAAACAAAUUGAUUACCAAGCUACUAAAUGGCACCUUCUUUACCAAGUCAGAACUGAAUACUAUCAGCAAUUACAUGAAGGAGGCAAUAAAAAUGGCGAAAAUGGCAAAAAUUAGUAAUCAGUUGCCAGUGGGUGCAUUGUUAGUGGAUCCUGUGAGGGGACACAUUGUGGCGCAGGCAUAUGACAUGCGGGGUUGUCACCCUCUCCAGCACUGCACCAUGGUGGCCGUUGACAUGGUUGCCCGUAGCCAAGGUGGCGGCAUGUGGGAGUAUUCCCAUGACUCUGACUUCCAGUGGACUCAAUCUGAUAUAAGGGACAACACCAGCAGUACUGAUGCUACAGACAAGACAACAGGGCCAUACCUGUGUACUGGUUACCACAUGUACAUCACCAGGGAGCCGUGCGUCAUGUGUGCCAUGGCGCUAGUCCACUCUCGUGUGGAGCGUGUGUACUAUGGCAGCAGUGACCCUGAGGGGGGACUGGGCACAAGACACAAGGUGCAUGUGCAGCCCGGGCUCAACCACCACUACAGUGUAUUUAAAGGAGUGCUUGAUGCAGAGUGUGACCAACUAUAUGAAGAAACUGGGACUUGAACACAACAGGAUUGCUGCUUAUUCAACUCUUUGAUGCUCAAUUUUAAAUUUGAUCUCAGUAGUGUUGUGCAAUGUGUGCCUAAAGUCUGCUUCAUUGCAGACAAUACUGACCCAGUUGUAUAUAUGCCAGCAGUUCCAGAAUCUGAUAGUAAAUGCAACAUGAUGAGAGAUUUACUGUGAUGAAAGUUAAUGAACAGGUGCAUAAUAAGAUGUAAUGCCAUACUUAAGUGGGAAAGAACAAUAUCAUUGCAACCUUACAAUAUUUAUUUUAAAAGACAACAUAAAAAAAUGCAGUGU